AAAACAACUAGAAUUAUCAAUUGCCUAAUCCAAUAAUCACAAAUAACAAAGAAUAUGCCUAAAUAAAACCCAUUUGUACACAAUGAAUGUGAUUUUAGUUAGAGUGCAUCUAUAUAUAGAAAUAUAGAAGACUAAAACUUUUCAAUUCGAAAAUAUUUUCCUCUAUGAGCACCCAAAUCCCUCAAAGAAGCAUGUCUUCUACAACUAGUGCACUGGUGCUACACUAAGCAUCCUGUAUAAAACAUGUUCCUGUAGCAGAAGAUUAGAAUUUCCAUUUUUAUUUUUGAUUCUUGGGAGAGGCUGAAAGAAACAGCAUGUCUAGUAAAGAUUCAGACUAUCAGAGCAUGUCUAGUAAAGAUUCAGACUAUCAGAGCAUGUCUACUAUGUCUACUAAAAAUUCAGACUCUGAGAGAUCAGAUGAAUCCACACUAAAUACUGAGUCUACACAAGCUGCCAUGCUGAAGAAAGAAAAAGCAGAAAUUGAAUUUACAGGAUGGAAACCCACAUUAGAGCAGUUGGCCAUUUUGGAAUGGCACUACCAACAAGGCCAUUGCUCUCUUGCUCUGAUUUUCAAUAAACUAAAGGUUUAUGGACAUGUAAAGUGUAAGAACAUUGCCCGUUGGUUCGCCUGGAGGCGCCAUGCUUCAGGACAUGUCCCUGUUCCUCUGUAUUCAAUUCCUAAGGAGGAUAUAGGCCUGCAAAUGUCAAUGUCCAGUUAUUGCUCAAACAAAACCCCGGAGGAGAGCUCAAACCAUAAAAACUGCAUGGACUAAGUUGGAGGUUCUUUAAUGGAGGUAGUUUAAUCAUAGUCUUGUUAUGGCUUCAUAGCAAUUGGUAUCCUUCUUUUCUCUUCUUGUAGGGUUUUGGUUGUUCUUUUCAGAGAUUGAGCAAGUUGUUUUUAAACUAUGAAGGAAGCUUUGAACACCACCUUUAUGUAGACUUGUCAUCUCUUUGCUGGUAUUAUUUUGAUAGAUUUGGACACUAUUUAUUUUCAGGUGGCCUGUAACUAUAUUUUAAGAAAAAGAGAACUGUACUAAAACAUGUUAUAGGGUUUUGAAAAGAACCCUGAAACCUUAUACAUCAAGAUUUACUCAGAACUCAA